GGUCAAAAACGGUCUCCGUGCCCGUUUCGAGGGGCUGCGGUAGUAAUGGAGGGGGUCACAGUGGGCCAGGUAUUUGAUGCGGAAUGCAUCCUCAGUAAACGGGCGAGAAAGGGCAAGUUUGAAUAUUUGGUGAAGUGGAGAGGGUGGUCGUCCAAGCACAACAGCUGGGAGCCGGAAGAAAACAUCCUGGACCCGAGGUUACUGGCAGCGUUUCACAAAAGAGAACAAGAGAGGGAGCUUCUGUUCCAAAAGAAAGGGAAGAGGCCAAGAGGACGUCCACGAAAGAUUCAGCCGGCACCAACCACUACAAAAGACAGCCGCUCCUCGUCCUCCUCUUCCUCUGGCCUUUCAUCAUCGGCCUCCUCUUCCUCAGAGGAUGAAGAUCACACCAAGAAGCCAAAGCCCGGGCCUCGGGUCCACCCUGUCCCCCAGAAGAGGCCGCAGAUCUUGCUGGCCAAACCUGACCCUCCUCACAAGAAGAAGCAUGGGAGGAAGCCGCUCCACCCUGACCUGAGGGCUUUGAGACAGGUGAAGAGCAGACCUUCUCCUCCUCCUCGCCACCACCAGGCACUCAGACCACCCAGAGACGAGCCUCGACCCGGCGUGAAGAAGCCGCUGCAGCCUGCCAGCUUCACCUACACUGGUCUGAGCAGGACCUCUAGAGACGAGGCUGCCUCCUCCCAGACCUCCACCAGUUCCUUCUCCCAGACAGCUUCCUCGAAACCUGGAUCGCUCAGCUGCAUUUGGACCAACCGUUCUCUGUCCACCUCAUCUCCGUCCUCGGGCUCCUCCUUCUCCCACAGUAAAGCCAAUCCUUCACCGCAGAGUAAAAACUCUGUGUCUGAGCUGAAGCGCUCCAUCUCAGAGUCGGGCAGCAGCAGAGGAAACGGGUUCAAAGUGUCUCCGCCAAAACCAGGUGGAGGCUCAGGGUCUCUGUCUUUACACAGCAGCUUCAGGGGAGGACAGAUGGCAGUCCAGCGCUCCCCUCUGGGCCAGAGGAGGCAGGAUGGUGUUGGAGGUCAGACCGGGUUGGUUCAGCACAAGCAGCAGAACUCUGGCCUUUCUAAAUCAUUGUCAUCCUCCUCGCCCACACCCCGCGACCGAGCCAGCCAGGCACUCAGCCUCCGAGCUCUCAACCUGCAGAGCGUCAGCAAGCCGCUGGCCAGCAGCAGCCUUCUAGGAAACAACCCCAGCAGCUCUGUGGCUGCAGCAUCACGGUCAAGCUUACGGAACAGCAGCAGCAUUGUAGUGAAAGGAGGAAUGGCUAGCAUCAAAGAGACUCGAACAGCUCCUGGAGGACAGCGCUCUGGUCUGGCAACAGGUGGCACCACAGAGCAGGGGAGGUCACGAGAAGACAGGGGGAAGGAGAUGUUGGCAGGAGGCAGCUCCGGCCGAGGGAACGGCAACGGGAGGCAGGAUGAGAGGAAACACGGCCUCAGCUGUCAGAACCGAAGCCUGAACGAGCUCAGCACCGGAGACUCUGACGAGACCAGCAGCAGCGAGUCAGAACACGACGCCGCCCUGUAUCCCAACAACAGCAGGCCCAGCUUCGGCAACAACGCCACAGAGUCGGACACAGAAACAGACUGGCGGCCGACCCGGAACCUUCUGGAGCAUGUGUUUGUCACCGACGUCACAGCCAACUUCAUCACAGUGACGGUGAAGGAGUCGCCAACUAGCGUGGGGUUUUUUAAUUCACGAAAUCACUGAAGGAUGUCUGUAAGGAAGCCUGAGUCUGCAGAGCUGAGCUGGACCAGACUGGGUCACUACACUCUUUUCCUCAGCAGCUCUCAGGCUGCUCCCGAAGGUUUCUCUACAAACUGCUCAGUCAUUCCACCUUUUUAUAUGUGUGCACAAAGUCUGGGACCAACAUUGUGCUGUUCAAGCAGGACGAUACAGUUCCUGUGGUUUCAGCUGUGGUCAAGGUCGGUAACACGCUUCCGUUGGUUUGUUGAAACAACAUGGGAACCCUGAUGUUCAUUUUACACCUGAUAUUAAAAUGCAGUCUGUGACCUGAAGAGGAGAAACAAGUCAACCACAACAUGUAAAACACUACUGCACGGGCAUGGGCAUUUCAGCUAAAAUACAGUUUGAUAUUUGCUGGGAGCUUUUACAAUUAUUCAAAGCGCCAAACCACUGUAGUAAAAUGAUAUACUGACCUCGUUAUCACGUUACUGUAUUUCCAGUCACCGGUAAAAGCAAGGGAGAGCAGUGGCUCUUUGUUUUUAAAGACAAAACCAGAGUUUAAUGACUGUUCAAAUAUUCAAAAAUCAUUGCCCGUCCAGUAGUAUUAACAGUGCAUUUUAUAAUGGACCCUCUGACAGCAGCCAUGUUGAUGGAACUGCAGACAGGCCUGCCAGAAGUCUAGAUCAUGGAUUGCUCAGGGGAUUAACGAGACUGAGUCACAUAACUGAUGUGGCAGAA